AGGUGGGGGCGGCGGCGGCCGUCAUGGCGGUCAUAGUGGAGUCGCGGCCGGAGCUGGUGGGGAAGCGGUUCUUGUGCGCCGCCGCCGGGGGAGAGGAGCCUCGGGUGGACGGGCGUUGGAGAGCCGGCGUCAUCCGCACCGUCUCCCACCGGGACUCGCGCAGCCCCGAGUUGUCGGUAUAUGUGGAAUUUGAUGAUCUUGAAUGGGAAAAACGAGAAUGGGUUAAAGUUUAUGAAGAUUUUGCAGCAUUCCUUGUGGAAUACCAACUGAUCUGGGCAAAGAGGAAGGAUCCUAGCCAGUCUCAGGGAUCAAAACUCAAGCAUAUUCAGUGGCCUGCACUG